GGGGACCCCCACCGAUUUACGGGCCGCCACAUGCUCCGAUCGCACAUCCCUUUCGAAGCAGCAACCACCACCACACCGGCCUUCAUUGCCUCGAUCGCCCUCUCGCUCGCUCGCUCGCUGCCCCAGGCCAUCAUCUAUCCCGCCGCAACGACCACGGUGAAGUGAACACCUUCUCUACAAACCACCAAAACAACGCGCUAGAAUCCUGCUGUGCUUAUUCCUUCCAUUCCAUUCCAGUUAAUUCACUGUCACUGCCAGCCUAGCCUACCUUCUUCUCCCGAUCCAACUAAUAUUCCUGCAAACAAACGAAGGGAGUAGAUAGCUAGGAACACACACACACACACACACUCGAGGUCGCACUCGCAUCAUAAGAGAGGGCGCGGCUGCGAGGGCCACCCCCACCAUAGCCAUAGGCCAGGGCCUCCUAUCUUGCCUCGCUCGUAGGGUAUAGUGCGUGUGUUAGCCUAGCUAGUUGUGCUAGGUAGCCAGCCAGCCAGCUCGUCGGUGAUGAUGGGAGGACGAAGAUCAGUGCUCUUGCUGGCGAUCAUCAUCGCCAUCGCCGCGGCGGUGGCGACGCCAGCCGCUGGGGCGGUGGAGGGGGAGGUGAAGAAGUGUGGAGGGUGCUCUCCCUGCGGCGGCGCCGACUGCCCGGUGCUGUACCCGUCGCCGCCGCCGCCCGCGCUGCCUCCCCCGCCGCCGUACUACUACUACAGCCCUCCGCCGCCCGCGACCUACCCCGGGGGGUCCGGGUGCCCGCCGCCGCCGGGCGCGUACAUCCAGAUCGGGAGCACGCCGCCGGGCAAGGGCCCGCUGUACCCGCAGGACCCGGGGUUCAUGCCCAACAGCGCGCCGGGCCGCGCCGCGGCGCCGCCGCCGCUCACGGUCGUCGUCGUCGUCGCUGCGCUCGCGGCGUUGGCGUGCGCAUGGGCCGCCUUCUUGUGAUGAUCUGCGACGGCGAUCGAGCUUUCUUUUCGGUAAGUACGUAGCGCGACGGAUCACGGAGUCGAGAUCGUGCCGGCGCGCACGGGUUAAUUGAUUCCCCCAGUGUAUUUAUGCAUGCAUGCUGCUGCUUCUUCUGAUAAUAAUUUUCACUGGCCAUCAUAUAUGGGCUGCAGUACGUAGUUCUUCUUGGAAUGUACGAAGGUUUUCUUUGCUUUUUAGUUUUCGUUUUUAAUCUGAUGAUGAUUUUAGAACAACCACUUGUAAGAAAUGGAACGCAGAUCGAAUUCAGAAGAAUGUGUAACCAGCAGGUCAUUCCAGAUUUCGUACGUUUUCUCAGAAGUCA